AUGUCCCCCAUGGUCCUUUGCACUUCGUUGCUGGUCUUGCUUGCCUGGCUUCUCUCGAAGUCUCCCACUGACACCACCCCUGUUAAUGUUCCUACUGUGACGCUCGGUCGUUUUGUCCCUUGUUUUGUUGACCGUCUGCUGUUCUGCGCCAAGGGACCGUUUCUCAUAUACGAUGGCUAUAAGAAGAGCGUUUGUGGCGACUAUACCAAUAUCCUAAGUGAUAGUUUUCUGCCCGCACAAACUGUUGUGAAGAAGCUGACUCCAGCACUCGGUCGAAUUGUCCCUGAUGUCAUUGACGAGCUCAAGCAUGCCUUCGAUGUCGAGGUGCCUGAGUGCUACGACAAAUGGGUAACUGUCACCAUUUAUUCUAUGAUCCUCAAAUUGAUCAACCGUUCCACCUCGCGUAUCAUUGUCGGUGACUCCCUUUGCCGUAGCGAAGACUGGCUCAAUACUGUGCUAGACUACACAUAUAAUUUGGGCACAAUCAUCUUUCUUCUCCGUCCGCUGCCUCGUUUUCUUCGCCCCUUGGUUGCAGGUCUUCUUCCCCAAGUCCGCCACGCAAGAAAGAUCCUUGAUCACGUCAAGAAUGAUAUCAUCGUCCCUAUGAUCCUUGAGCGCCGUCAAAAAGAAGCCAACGAUUCCAACUACCGGAAGCCGGACGAUUUCAUGCAGUGGAUGAUGGAUACUGCAGACAAUGACUAUGAUAAGCAGCCUGGAAACAUCGCACAAGGUCUCAUGAUUAUCAUGGCUCUUGCUGUUAUCCACACCUCAACUAUCACCAUCACGCAAAGUCUCUACGAUCUUCUCAUUCGUCCCGAAUACGUCCAGCCCCUUCGUCAAGAGAUCAUCGAUACACUCAAGCAUGGAUGGGCAAACGCUACCAGGGCAGACUUUGCUACUCAGGUCCGCCUCGAUAGCUUUCUUCGCGAGUCUCAGCGCCUCAACCCUACCCAUGAAGUCAACGUCCAGCGCAUCGCCAAAGAAACUCUCGUCUUUAAAGAUGGAUUCGUUGUUCCCAAGGGCACGCACAUCUGUUUCGCAGCUGGGCCCCUUUCUCGCGAUCCAGAGCUCAUCGAUGACCCCGAAACCUUUGACGGUUUCCGCUGGUGCAAGGAUAGACAGUACAACAAGAAAGGUCACAACAACAGCCUUGUCGCCCUCAGCAAGCUGAACCUGCACUUUGGAUAUGGACGUCAGGCCUGCCCCGGUCGAUUCUUUGCUGAAAACACAUCCAAGGCGAUCCUCAGCCGUCUUCUUGUCGAGUACGAUCUCAAGUUCCCAGAGGGUAAGGAGGGAAGGAGGCCUUGGAACAUCCGCAAUGGGGAGCAGAUUGUGCCGAACGUCUAUACCAAGGUGCUGAUCAGGAAGCGCCUGGUCAAUCUCUGA